CCCACAUUCCAAAGGAGAGAAGGAGAGGGAUGGUGGUAGAGCGAGGUGGUGUAAGGGGAAGUGACAGAGGGGAGAAGAGAGGAAGGCCAUGCAUGCUUUCAAUUCACAAAAGGAUCGAGGUUUACAUACGGCAACGGGAGGAAGGGAGCAGAAGGAGGGGGGUUGGGGGUGGGUGGAGGGCACAUAUGUGGAGGAGACAGCGAUUACCGCAGCGGUGGCCAUGACAGCUCCUUCUUGUACAAAGCAGCUUCCGCAACUCUUUCCUGCGAGCAUGCGACAGUUUUUCCAACAACGAAUUCUCAAGCAGGGGAGAGAGACGGAGGACGAGCUUCAGCAGUUUUUGCGGCGGAGUCCGGCACAACAGGUUGGUGACACCACAGGGGUGCUGCCAAAGAGCAUCAACGCUGGGGUGCUGAUAAUCCCACGAUUCACAGUGAGCGAACACUGGCCGCCAGGCAGAGAUGGCAGAGCGAUGGCGGCGGAUUCGAAUAGCGCAGCCGCGGAGGGCGCGAAGCGAUCCCAAGCGGAUUCAAAGUGUAGGCAAAAAGGGCGGGAGCGAAUGGCAGAAGCGUCGCACAGAGCGAGGGACCGCUGUGGCUACAGCCACUAGCCUGGUCCUGAGUAGAAAUCUCGUGGUGAGAGCUCUACCCAUGCCAAGAUAGCGACUGCAGCGCGCCACGGUUGUGCGAGGGAAUGAAUAGUGCCCGGCGGC